ACACAAGAGAGAAAGCAAAAGCAGGCCAGGACUUCUAGCUUCUUUGCAGAGUGUUAUUUUCAAGCUAAAGAGGAAGAACAAUCAGUUUGAUUUGCUAGAAACAAAGUGAGAUGGCUUCAGACCCAGGAAAUCCUGAGUGCAAGAGCACCAUAAGACUGCUGUAUCUGUUGUGUUCUAUUGAUAUCUCCUGUCAGUUCAUGCAGUUUGCAGUCACACCAUAUUUGGCGAGAGAUCUAGGCUUGGACACAGUUGGGUUUGGCUACCUACAGACAUGUUUUGGAAUUCUUCAGCUUGUCGGAGGUCCUGUUUUUGGCAGGUUUUCGGAUCAGAACGGCGGCCGAGCAGCUCUCACGCUGUCCUUUCUGUCUGCAUCAGUCUUUUAUUUGAUUCUCUUCUUCACCACAAACAUUCCUUUGUUGUUUCUGUCUCGCCUUCCUUCAGCCUUCAUGCAUGGGCUUCCAGGUGCCCAGAUGAUAAUAACCGACUUGACAGUUGAGAGCAAGAGAGCAGAUGCACUAGGGAAGCUGGGACUUUGCUUUGGAUUGGGAAUAAUCACCGGCUCCUCUCUAGGAGGGUACCUUGCCAGUAAAUAUGGGCUUUACACACCGACGUGCAUUUCACUUGUGGCAAGUAUCAUAUGUUGCUUAAUUGUGAUGGUUUAUAUACCUGUGCAAACCAAAAUAAAGCAACAUGUAUCCACAUCUGAUAAAAGUUCCAAGAAGUCCUCUGGUGUGUUCAACUUCAGUGAACUUGUGCGCUUGAUGACAUUUCCUGAUGUAAUGGCAAUUUUUACAAUAAAAGUUUUGUCAGGAUUUCCAAUAGGAAUAUUCAUGAUAAUGUUCUCAGUAAUCUCUGCUCACUUUUUUGGGUUGGAUGCAGCAUCUUCUGGUUACUUGAUGUCAUAUUUUGGGAUCAUUCAGUUGGUUGUUCAGGGUGUGUUUGUUGGGAAGCUAAGUAGUCUAUAUGCAGAGAAUACACUUCUUCUGUUGAGCAUGGUGGUCUCUGCUGUUGUUGGACUUGGAAUGAUGUUGAUGACAAACGUCUUUCAUUUCUGCGUUAUUGCGUUUCCUAUGGUAUUUGCGCUCUGCGUCUCAGGUAUUAUCACAGACAGCAUAUUGACUAAAGCAGUUCCUGCUUCUGACACAGGUGCAAUGCUAGGAAUAUGUGCUUCAAUUCAACCAUUAACACGCACUAUCGGCCCCACAAUCGGAGGAUACUUAUAUAAACACUACGGUGUAUCGUCAUUUGGGAUUUUAAAUAUAACAGUUAACCUAAUUUUAUUAGUUUAUUUUUUUAAAAGGCAAAAUAGACAAACCGAGAAGAUUAAAUAAUUGUAGUAGACUUGUUAAAUAAGCAUUAAACAUACUUUUUUCUUUGUUUUGUCUAAAAAGAGAGUAUUUUAAAAUGUAGUACUUUUUGUUUGUGAAAAAACUGGUGUUCUGUAAUGAAGAAAGCUAUGUUUUGUUACCAAAAGGGCUGAUGGCAUGAAGAAUCUGUCCCUCGGGGUGUGUUAUGCAAAAACAGAAAUACAUUUUAGUUUCCAUAUCAGUUUAUGCGUGAACUUAAAGGGACGUGAAACCCAAAAUGUUUCUUUCAUGAUUUAGGUAGAGUAUACAAUUUUAUACAACUUUCAAAUUUACUUCUACCAUAAAAUUUGGGUCAUUCUUGUGGUAUCCUCUAUUGAAUGAGCAGCAAUGCCCUACUGGGAGCCAGCUGAACACAUUGGUAAGCCAUUGAAAAGAGAUAUAUUUGUGCAGCUACUAAUCAGUAGCCAGCUCGCCAUUCCUGAGCCUAUGAAAGAAAAAAUGUGGGUUUCAUGUCCCUUUAAUCAUUUCAAUUAUGUAAACUAAAGUUAAGAAGUUAAGAAAGCUUACAUUUUUCUGUUGCUUUACAAUUAUUUCAAAACCCAACAUGUAGUGUGUGUGUGUAAUGUCUGUGCAGUAUGUGUAUGUAGUGUGUAUGUGUGUGUGUAAUGUCUGUGCAGUAUAUAUGUGUAGUCUGUAGGUGUAAUGUCUGUGCAGUAUGUGUAUGUAGUGUGUGUGUAAUGUCUGUGCAGUAUGUGUGUGUAGUGUGUGUAAUGUCUGUGAAGUUUGUGUGUAAUGUCUGUGUAGUAUGUCUGUGUAGUGUGUGUGUAAUGUCUGUGCAGUAUGUGUGUGUAGUGUAUGUGUGUUAUGUCUGUGCACUAUAUGUGUGUAGUGUGUGUGUGUGUAAUGUCUGUGCAGUAUAUGUGUGUAGUGUGUGUGUGUGUGUGUAAUGUCUGUGCAGUAUGUGUGUGUAUGUGUAAUGUCUGUGCAGUAUAUGUGUGUAGUGUGUGUGUAUGUGUAAUGUCUGUGCAGUAUGUGUGUGUAGUGUGUGUAACGUCUGUGCAGUAUGUGUGUGUGUGAUGUCUGUGCAGUAUAUAUGUGUAGUGCGUAUGUGUAAUGUCUGUGCAGUAUAUGUGUGUAGUGUGUGUGUGUAAUGUCUGUGCAGUAUAUGUGUGUAAUGUCUGUGCAGUAUAUGUGUGUGUGUGUAGUGUGUUUUUGUAAUGUAUGUGCAGUAUGUGUGUGUGUGUAAUGCUUGUGCAGUAUGUGUGUGUAGUAUGUGUGUGUAAUGUCUGUGCAGUAUAUGUGUGUAGUGUGUGUGUGUAAUGUCUGUGUAGUAUGUGUGUGUAGUGUGUGUAAUGUCUGUGCAGUAUAUGUGUGUAGUGUGUGUGUGUAAUGUCUGUGCAGUAUAUGUGUGUAGUGUGUGUGUGUAAUGUCUGUGUAGUAUGUGUGUGUAGUGUGUGUAAUGUCUGUGCAGUUUGUGUGUGUGUAGUGUGUGUAUAAUGUCUGUGCAGUAUGUGUGUGUGUGUGUAGUGUGUAUGUGUAAUGUCUGUGUGCAGUAUAUGUGUGUAGUGUGUGUGUGUAAUGUAUGUGCAGUAUAUGUGUGUGUAGUGUGUAUGUGUAAUGUCUGUGAAGUAUGUGUGUGUAGUGUGUGUGUGUGUGUGUAAUGUCUGUGCAGUAUGUGUGUGUAGUGUGUGUAAUGUCUGCGCAGUAUGUGUGUGUAGUGUGUAUGUGUAAAAUCAGCUAUUUUAAAUGCUGAUAUAAAGGUAAUAGAUUUAAUACACUCAGGCAGGUAAAAUGGAGCACUGGGAAAAAAUUAAAGGGGAGAAACAAUUCCAAGGGACAUAUUUAUCAAGCUCCACCUCAAGCUCCCCUCUUUAGACCGCUGCUUCAUAACUUGUCCGCCUGCUCUGAGGUGGCGGACAGAAAUCAACCUGAUCGAAAAUGACCCGGUUGAUUGACACCCCCUGCUAGCGGCCAAUCUGCAGGGGGCAGCAUUGCACCAGCAGUUCACAAGAACUGCUGGUGCAAUGAUAAAUGCAGACAGCAUACGCUGUCGGCAUUUAUCGAUGUGCCGCAAUGUGCUCGGACAUGAUACGCUACUUUGUAUCAUGUCCGCUCGCACAUUGGUAAAUAGACCCCCAAGGGUGCUUGUAAAACACUGCAUAAAAUAAGCUAAUGGUUUAGACAUUAGUUUAUAUUAAUAUUGUAGUAGUAUUUGUCAUACUCAAUUAAGUAUUAAGAAUACAGAAGAUCACAUUUAUAUAACAAUUUUAAAUAUUUUUAUUUUCCACAGUCACUUCAGUGUUUUUGUUACUUUUCAUCCUCUUUUUCUCAAAUACAGUAUUUGCCAACAUAAGAUUGUCACUGUAGGAAAAGGUGACAAAAUGGAUAAUACACAAUCCAAUGUGCUUGUGCUACUAUUAAAUGCCAGGUUCUUGUGGGGUAUUGUAGGCAGCUGCCUAGGGGUGCUUUCUACUAGUAGUGUGUGUGUGGGUGUCUGUAUGUGCAUUUAUGUAUGUAUAUAUGUGUACAUGACUGUGUGUCUGUAUGUGUGCACAUGUGUAUUUAUGUAUGUGUAUAUGUGCACAAGUGUGUCUGUAUGUGUGCACGAGUAUUUAUGUAUGUGUAUAAGUGCACAAAUGUGUAUCCGUAUGUGUAUAUGUGCACGUGUAUUUAUGUAUGUGUAUAAGUGCACAAGUGUGUAUCUGUAUGUGUAUAUGUGCACAUGAGUAUUUAUGUAUGUGCAUAAGUGCACAAGUGUGUAUCUGUAUGUGUAUAUGUGCACAUGUGUAUUUAUGUAUGUGUAUAAGUGCACAAGUGUGUGUAAAUAUAUCACAACACUACAUAAGUCAAAGACAAAAGUUACUAGUCACUUUUACAUAUCUCCCUAAUGUCGGCUUCAAGGUAAUUAUUUUAAUAUAUGUAUUUUAAUGCUUUAAUUUACAAUACCCUAGUUUUUAUAUUUUUAAAUCUGCUGCAUUAAAAUUGCACAAAAAAAAAACCCCCUCAGGGCUGAAUACAUUAUAGUGCAUUUAAAUCUUACUAAAAGCAUUUUAUAGUUUGUACAACUGUCUAUAGUAUUAUUAUUUGUCACACAUCCUGUGAUACCUCUUAUAGUACAUAUCACACAUUAAUAAUAACACUCUGGGAACCAGGUGCCCACAUGCUCAGCACUGCUCUUAUGGGAUGCACCAGUACUGGCCAGAGAUGUCAGACAAGGAUCCCCUUGCACACAGACUACUGAGGUAUGCUCCUGGUGAGAAAUUAGCACAGAAUAACGUUCACCAAACAUAUUUUUGCAAACACAUGCAUACUGCAAAACCGUGCUCUUUAAAGUUUUAAUUGUAUGCCCCUUUAAGGCAUUAAUGUUUGUUAACAUUGUUAUAAGCAUUGUUGCAAACACAUUUGCCAUAUAGACUCUGAGCACAAGACUCCUAAGCUUACCUCUGUGUUUUCUCAUGGAAAGAAACUACAUUUUAUCAAGAGAAAGCAAUGAAUAAACUGAACUUCUAUUUUUUAAUGACAUUCUUUUUCUGAAUCAUAAAAGUUAAAGGGACAGUCUAGUUAAAAAUAAACGUUCAUGAUUCAGAUAGGGCAUGCAAUUUUAAACAACUUUCCAAUUUACUUUUCUUAUCAAUUUUGCUUUGUUCUAUUGGUAUUCUUAGUUGAAAGCUAAACCUUGGGUAGGCUCAUAUGCUAAUUUAUUAGCCCUGAAAGCCGCCUCUUAUCUGAAUGCAUUUUGAAUUUUUUUUUUCACAGCUAGAGGGUGUUAGUUCAUGUGUGUCAUAUAGAUAACAUUGUGUUCACGCCUGAGGAGUUACUUAGAAGUCAGCACUGAUUGGCUAAAAUGCAAGUCUGUCAAAAGCACUGAGAUAAGGGGGCAGUCUGCAGAGGCUUGGAUACAAGGUAAUCAGAGAGGUAAAAAGUAUAUUAAUAUAACUAUGUUGAUUAUGCAAAACUGGGGAAUGUGUAAUAAAGGGAUUGUCUAUCUUUUUAAACAAUAACAAAUCUGACACAGACUAUCUCUUUACUUUUGACUACCAUCUCAUGCCUUUAAAUCUGGGAAACAAUUCAUGUAAUUUUUAUUUUUAGGUUGUUUUAUUAUUAUUUUUAAAUUUAUGAGAUUUAACUUAUACAGUAUAAAGUGAGUGCUCUUACUCAGUAUAUAUGUAGUUAAUCUUUAGGAUCACUGCCCUUGCAGUCUGUGAUCUUUGUAAAUGACCAUUUAUGUUAUUGUGAAAUCUGUUCUUCUAUUCAACCAUAGUAGCAGAUGUUGUUUUUCUCUUAAAAAUAAAAGAUAGAUAAAUGUCUGUUAAUAAAUA